AUGUAUGAUCACAAUGGUGUGCCUCACCAGGGGCCUGCGAUCAUGUUGGAUACUCAGCCUUCCCAGCCCGCUCCCCAAGAUACUGAUGGUUCAGACCAGUCACUGUGGUGGUGGGACAACUUCAACAAUCCAGAGCCCCAGAUGCUCCGGACAAUGACUCCUUCCGAGGAUAUGGUCAUUAUGCAUGAACACCCUGAUCAGCCAUUCGACUGGGUGCGGCAUAACACCUUUGAUUUUGAUAAUCCUGUAAUCGAGGGGGGACCACCACUACUAGGUUCCCAGUCCAUGCUCAACGAGGCUUACUAUUCCCAACUCUCUUCUCCCCGGCAUCAUCACUGUGAUAUAUUCUCUCAUGCUGUAGAACAAGGUGAGGGGUCAUCUCAAAGCGCAGCAUUUGAUAACCCGCCUCCUGUGCCGGGUGUGCUGCCCCCCGCACCGGUAACACCGUCUCCCGCGCCACCUCCUGUGCCAUCCCCUGUGCCACCUCCUGCACCAUCUCCUGUGCUAUCUUCUGCGCCAGCCGCUCAACCUGUGCCUUCAAUUAUGUUUGGUCUUGCCGAUUUAGGUGAUGUGAAGGCAAAGGCAUUGCUUCAGAUGAAGAGGAGUAUCUUUGACAGCUCCUUCCUGCCAAGUGACAACUUGGAUGUAGAAAGGAUGGCAAGGGCAUGUAUUACAGCCCAGGUGUCCCACAGCAUUGAACUUACUGCCUGGGCCACCACGAAAGCUGGCAAAAAAGAGAUUGUCAAACUGUGCACCGCUCUCACCACACUUAGAAAAAACAUACAAUUUCUCACACGCAGCGCCAUGCUCUGGGGAUAUGGUUUACACCAGUUAAUGCACAUGGAGAGCAAACAGGAAGUGAAAAAGUUUGUCAAGAGUCUCAUUCAAGAUGAUUUCUUCCUUAGAGGUGUCAUCAAUGCCCCCGUUUUAUUCAAGUGGGCGUUAACUGAAAUGUCCUCGGGAGAAUUCAAAGAUCUAGAUUUUAAACUUACCAAAGCUACUAUGGAGCAUGUCGCUAUGGAAACACUAUUCAACACACUAUCGGAUGAACAGCGUUGUGCCCUCACUGCAAAUGUUUAUAUUUAA